AACGAGGCGACCAGACCCAGAAAGAGCAUAGAGCCCAAAUGACUAGGACAGACUGUCAUGAGCUAUUUCAUCUCGUCCGCCCAUUUAGCUCUAGGUACAGCACGAGAAAAAGAAUUACAUGCACUUCAUUCAAAGUGAGCCACAAGGAUCAAUGUGGAGGAGGAUGCACCAUUUAUAGGCUUACAAGAUUUAUUGGCUAUUACGUGUUAUCUUGGCCAUUUACCUAUGUCGGUGCCUCUCUUGGUGGUAACACGGGUUCUUUCUUGGACCAGCUGAUGAAAGGGUUGGGUGUUGUAGGGACCCCGGUUUAUUCUCUCUGGAUAGAAGGGUUAUCCUUAUCAAGGCUUGUUUAUCAAGUAUUCCCUAUAUUACCUCUCGCUCUUAAGAUCCUUUGGAGGUGGCUUCUAAAGUUGAGAGAAUCAUGAGGGAUUUCUCAUGAUGUCCGUGGGAGAGUCUUCAAGAGACAAUCUGGUGAGUUGGGAUAUGCAUUCUCUUCUUAGAAAAGAUGGUGGCUUAGACAUU